CAGUCACUAUGAUGGACGAGGUGUCUUCACGCUUCUUUCUCUUCCGGACUGUUGUUGGCGCCAUGCUUUCUCAAAUCAGCGUCUUUCUUUUAGUUCCCUCUUUAAUAGCUUUCUCAACAAAGUUUCCGAAAGCCCUUGACAACAAAGAAUCAGAUUGCUCAAUAAAAGUCGCUUUCAGUUGCAUGGUUAUUUCAACCAGUAUUGAAUCUCUUUUGUGGUGUUGGACCUUAUUUACUAUAUUCGUCGCCGUGGAGUCCAAAGGAUACUGUCAUUUAAAAUGUUAUCACAUUGAAGUAUUACUUCACUUUAUCUCAUUUGGAAGUUCCGGUGUAGGGGUAACGAUAUUUGCUUACAAACACAACAGAGAAGUGUGGUACUGGAUAUUUGCUGUGGCAGGCGGCGCAUGCGCAGGAGGAAACGCUUUUCUUGGAUGCUGUUGUCAAAAUAUAAAGCGAAGUGUCAAAGAUCGAUUUGGAGCAUUGGAUCUUGAUGGAAUAUCAGAUAAAAAGCUUCUUAUUUCAAAGACUUGA